AUGGCAGACAAGAUUAAAACUCCAAGGACGAAAGAACUGGAAUUUGGAGGGUUUCUGGGUGCCCUAGCACUUAUUAUUCUGUUGCCUGGAACUGUGCUGUACCUUCUAUUGACGUGUAACACCGAUGAUGCCAGUGUGUUGCGUUUGCCCGGCCCUCUGCCUUCGCUGGAAUCGUUAUGGAAUCCAUUUGCUCUGAUGGUUUUACUGGGCUGGGUGGCUUUACAAGCCCUACUAUACAUGCUGCCUAUGGGAAAGAUUGCUGAGGGAAUUACUUUGAGGGACAACACUCGCCUAAAAUACAAAAUAAAUGCAUUUCAAGCCUUCUUGGUGACUGCCAUCAUAGCAGGAGCAGCAGUGGUGCUCCGUCUUCCCCUCUCUUAUGUGUAUGAUCACUUCCGUCAGUUUGCAGUCGCCUCGGCACUCUUGUCUUGGCUCUAAGCAUUUUCCUCUACAUUAAAUCAUUGACUGCACCAGAAUCUGCACUGGCACCAGGUGGAAACUCAGGUAAUCCUGUGUAUGACUUUUUCAUUGGACAUGAGUUGAACCCUCGUAUUGGCUCCUUUGAUCUGAAGUAUUUCUGUGAACUUCGUCCAGGACUCAUUGGUUGGUGUUUGAUCAACCUGUGCUUCCUGAUGAAAGAGAUUGAGCUCCGAGGCUCCCCUUCCCUUUCUAUGAUCUUGGUGUGUGGAUUUCAAGCACUUUAUGUCACGGAUGCCCUUUGGCAUGAGGAAGCGAUCCUUACUACAAUGGAUAUUGUGCAUGAUGGAUUUGGUUUCAUGUUGGCUUUUGGUGAUUUGUGCUGGGUUCCAUUCACCUAUUCUCUGCAGGCGUAUUUCCUUGUCAGUCACCCACAGGAGCUGAGCACUGCAGCCGCAGCAGUUAUAAUCCUCAUAAAUGCUGUAGGAUACAUUAUUUUCAGAGGCUCAAAUUCACAGAAAAAUGCUUUCCGAAGAAAUCCCUCAGACCCAAGUGUAUCUGGGCUUGAAACCAUCCCAACAGCGACUGGAAAACGGCUGCUGGUUUCUGGUUGGUGGGGUCUUGUUCGCCAUCCCAAUUACUUAGGAGACCUAAUUAUGGCUCUAGCCUGGUCCUUGCCUUGUGGUGUCUCUCACAUCCUACCGUACUUCUACGUAAUUUAUUUCACUGGCCUUUUAAUUCACCGUGAGGCAAGGGACGAACACCAGUGCGUGAAGAAAUAUGGACUGGCCUGGCAAGAAUAUUGCAAAAGGGUCCCCUACAGGAUAUUUCCAUAUAUAUAUUAA